AACAUGUAAACAGUAUGGCCGACAAAAUUAUACUUUUAUCCAAAACAGACUCUCUUUUAGCAGAUUACCGGCAAUUAUUCGGAUAAAUUAUGCAAUUAACAACAUAUAACUUUCUAGAUAAGUUUUCAACAAUAAAAGAAAAAUGCCAGGAAUUGGUAAAGAACUGUUUCCAACAAGCCCGUCCUCUCGUGGUUCUGCCUUUCGUCUCAGACAGAAUCGUCAUGUUGAUUUAAUGUUAAGACAAGAACUCAUUGAUGUUGCCCAAAGAUCGGUUGAUAAUAUCAUUGCUAAGAAACAGUCAGAAAAGGAACUUCCCCUCGACGAAGAAGAAAUCUUGUCCAGACAACUGCAACCUGAAUUUUUGCCCGUAAAGUACAGAGAAAAGCGAAAAAAACAUCCAAUAUAUCAUGAUGACUUACCAAAUAAAAAAGAACAGUCUCAAAGAAUAGCUACAGUUCCGGUAUAUAAUCCAUUAGAUAGAGAUUUCAAAUCUUCCUCGCCUGCAAAAUCCAACAAAUUUCCUUAUAUUAAUGAUAAAAGAAUUACAACAGAAGAAAUGAGAAAACCUCGAACAACAUCAGUAGGAGUCGUACCAUCUAGAUUAAGUAAAGAUAUCUCAAAAUUGCAUGUAAUUAUGGGAGGAAUGCCAGCUGGUAAUAUACUUGAUACAACAUUAGAAGAAAUGGAACAGGCUAACAAGGCAAAUACGGCUCGAUCAAGUUAUGUUAAAUCUGAUAUUUAUGAUGAUGAGAGUAUAGGGGAUGAAAUAAUGGCACACACACCUUUUCAACAACCCAAAACAAAACCAGCCAUUUUAUCUGUAACUGGUACAAUACAAACCGUCAAGUUCAGUGAGAGACAAAAGCCUCCAGCUCGCCCUUCAUUCAUUGACGCUAAGCGUCAGAGAAGAAUAAAAAGUGGUCGUAGUAUACCAUCAUCAUUAAAAAGUGAUGAUAUAUCAGUACCUGGUGAUGAUUAUUGUGCUAAAUAUGAUGAUGUUGUUAGAGAUAUGGAUGCUGAUUUACAAACAGCUGUUGGUGUGGAGCCUGAUAGUCGACUUAGUACUGCAUCAAGUACAGGAACAGUAAAAUCAGUACAUGAAUUAGUUGAAGAAGCUAAGAAGAUUGCUGGUCCUGAAGCAGAACCUGAACCAAUCAAUAAUAAACCUCAAAGUUUAUCACCAAGAGCAUCCAAAUCACCACGUAGAAAAAAAUCAAAGAAAGAUAACAAAGUUGAUAAACGUAAAACAGGUGUCAAGGAUGGAGAAGAGGUAGGAGAGGUUCGAGCUGAGAGAACUGUCGAUCAAAUUAUAGCAUCUUUACGUGAUCAAUCUAGAGUGGGCGUUGCUUCAGAAGCUGAUCGACGAAUAAAAGAAAUCAUGGAUGGUGUUAUGUCCAGAGCUAGUGCAGUUCUUGAUAAUUUUGAAGAUGACAGAAGUCAAGAUGAGAUAACUCCAGUUGGUGGAAGAACACCCGAUGAUGAAAUCACAGCCGAGUUUAGAGCAAGUUAUCUUGCUUCUAGUCCGUUGAUUAAUGAUAAAAGUCCUGAUGACAAUGUCGUCAUAAAAGAAGAUGAUAAUAUAGAUUUAGAAGAGUUAACAGCAAGAACUGAUGAUAUGUCAGUAUUUACAGAUGAGUUAAACAGUCCUAGUGUAGUUUUAACAUCAUCUGUACCACUACCAGUUACUGGUAGUCAACUAUGUUCAGCGAGAGAUGAUGAAGAAGUGGAACAAGUUGAGGAGACUGGGGAUGAUGAAGAUGAACAGCAAGAAGGAUUAGACCUACAUAAGGCCUGGGAGGAUCUACAUACACCAUCAAUGGCUACUUAUGAAGAUUUAGUUAGUGUACAAGGUUACAAGAAAUCUCUAGAAUCACGAGUCGAACCAGCACCAGAUACAUCCAACAGAACUCCUGUUUAUUCUACGUCUGUCUCAUUCCUCUCUACAUGGGCGCCAUCUAGUGUUCAAGAAACAAAACCUGAUACAAUAACUCCAACUGAGCAGAAGCCGCCCAAACAUAUUCACCAUUUCUGCACAAUGACUACAGAGUUUCAACUGCCCAAACAAUUUCAACAGAUAGGACGCAAAUAUCAUACACCUGAUCGCUAUAAGGGAGUUAAUCCUGAUCAACCGUACAGAUUUGGUAAACUCGGACCGGUAGGUAUAAUACCAGAAACUAUACCAGAAUCACCAGAAUUAUCAAUUAAAGACGAGGAUAGAAUUGUCAUGGCAGCCCAGAGAGUUCUAGAAGAAAGCAAGCAAGUGGACAAUGUUGAUGAUUCUUUGGAAGCCUGGCAGAAACGAGCUGAGACGGUGUUUUCAUCGGGUGACAUAGUAGCACAGGGUGUGAAGGCGUCUAUAAAGUUUGAUGAAUCUCGAGUUUAUUGGAACCCUGCUCCUCCUAAAUUAGAUGUUCCUCCAGCCCAGGUACGACAAGUGUUGUUCCCUGAAUAUAAAGUUCCUGUAUUUGGUGCCGGACUAGGUGAUGACAUGGCUGGUAUGUCCGAUACAGAUAGUGAUAGUGAUGGUGAGAAUCAAGUAGACUCGAUGGAUCCCGAAGAUAAAGAAAUCUAUGAAAGAAUUAUGUCUAGAAGAUAUAAAUCUCUGGAUAAUUUAUCUAAUUUGGUUAAAGCUAAGACUUUAUAUGAUGAGAAAGUUGCCGAAGGUCGAAUAAAUCCUUAUACAGGUUAUCACAUAGAGCCACCACCUAUAACAACAGAUGAAGAAGGAGCAGAAACUACAGCAGUUGUAGCAGAUGUUGUUUAUACCAGUUAUUCAUCAGAUUUAUUAUAUACUAAAGAUACAUCGUUUUUACCUAAAUAUCUUAUUAAAGAUGAAAUAUUACCAGUAUUUACUGUACUCAGGAAAUCUAAAUCACAGCCUAAUCUUUGUACAGAAGAUGAUACUCUGUUAGUGCCACAAGAUUUUACUACAGCUAUGGAAGAGAUACAAGAACAGAAAGCUCAGAUAAAAGAGAUCCGAUUACGUAAAGCAUUAGGUGAAAAGGAAAUUUCAAUAGUCAAAACUACACCACUAUUUACUGAAGCAGAAGAAGAGGAUGAGUUUUAUGGAGAUGAGAUAGAAAUUGAAGUACCAAUGAUAACAUUUCCUCAAAAAGAACAUAAAUUAACUCCAGCAGAAUUAGCUCUAGAAGCAGGACGUAAUUAUGUUGUUCUUCCAAAACAGAAGAAGAAAAUAGAAGUACCAGUAGACAUGAAAAGAUUGGAAGAAAUUGAAUCUUUUCUAACUAAGAAACCUAACACUUUAUCACGAUCUUCAUCUUUUCCUAAUAUACCAAGAGUUAUAGAGAGAGAACUUCGUGUACCACAACAUAUUAGAACAGAAAUAAGAAGUAGUAAACCUAAUUUACUGGACUUUGAAGAAUUUAAACAGAAAGGUGAAAUAAGUGGAGAUGAUGAUGAGAGAGAAUGGGUAAGAGAUAUAUGGAAUACCUGGUUUGAUGAACUGUAUCCCCCUACUCCGUCUGGUUCAGAAGGAGAGGAUGAUGACGAAAAGUUACCCCAACUUGAUAAACUUACAUUACUUAAACCUAAACCACCGAAAGAAGUUAAAAGACGACCGUCUAUACAGAGUGUAUUAUCUGAUAUUGAUGCUUUACAACCUGUAGAAGAUACGGAAGAAAACACUGAAAUAUUAAAUAUUUUACGUGAAGAGAUAGAUAAAGUUACUCAGAUUAUUGAAGCCAGUGAUAAACCAACAGCAUAUGAUCUUUGUCGUAGAGGUGCUUUAUAUAGAAAGAUUGGACAGUUAAAGAAAGCUGCCAAUGAUUUGAAUAAAUCUAUAGAGCUAGAACCAUUAUUAUUAGAUGCAUAUUGGCAUCGUCAUCUUUUAUAUAUAUUACAAGAGAAAAAACAGGCAGCAUUAGAUGAUCUACAGUUUAUUAUGAAGAAAAACAAACAUCAUGGUGGGGCUUAUAGAUCUAUGGCUGAGAUAUAUCGUAAACAGGGGGAUGUAACCAUGGCGAUAGUUAAUUUUACACAAGCUAUUAAAUAUAAUCCCAAAGAUCAUGAAGCAUAUUUUCAACGAGCUCAGAUGUAUGAACAGAGAGGAGAGGUAUUAUUAGCGUUAGAAGAUUAUGCAACAACUAAAAAGAUCAUGCCAACCAGGACGGAUGCCAUCAUGAAACAUGGUCUUUAUUAUUUUGAACAUGAGAAUCCAAACUGGAACAAUGCUAUCAAUGAUUUUACAGAUUUAUUACGAGUCGAUUCAUUAAACGCUACAGCUAGAUUAUAUCGUGGACGAGCCUACGCUAAACUAGGUCAAUGGAUACCAGCGGUACAAGAUUUAUCAGCAGCCAUCCAUCUUGAUCCACACAACUGGCAAGCUUUUUAUCAUAGAGCUUGUAUUAUUAGAAAAUCAAAUCCUGAAAGAGCAUUACAGGAUUAUAGUGUAUCUUUAUUAUUAGAAGAUUCUGAAGAUAAUUUAUUAUCUUUCAUGCAUAGAGGUAUAUUAUAUGAUGAACUAGGCAGUCCAGAAGAUGCUAUAGCUGAUUUUGAGAGUGUUUUAGCUUUAAAUAAAGAUAUAGCAUGUGCUCAUGUUUGUCUGGGUUUAAUACACAUGACAAAGUUUAACAAUCAUCACAGAGCUAUAAAGAAAUUUACAGCAGCAAUAAAAGUUGAUCCAACUCAUCUUAGAGCUUAUAUAUGUCGAGGUGAAGCUUAUCAUAAAAUACAUGAGUUAACGUUAGCAAUCAGAGAUUUUACACGAGCUAUUCAUCUUCGACCUGAUAUACAACAUUAUUAUAUGUAUAGGGGUCAGUUAAUAUUGGAAACUGGUAAUUUAGAACUAGCAGCAUUCUGUGUCAGACAAGCAUCAGAGUUGAGUGUCGAUACAACGUCUAAUUCACUGGGAGAACGACCAACCCAACAAGCCAUUGUACAAUCAUUCCUUAAAAAUUAUGAUAAGGCUAUAGAUGCAUUAACAGCUGCUACAAAAACUGUACGAGAUCAAGGAGAUAAAAAAACUGUUGCUCCACUCUUCAUGUUACUAGGUAAAACACAGAUGAAAGCUAAACGAUUUAAAAAUGCUGUUACCAGUUUUAACGAAGCUUUGUCUAGAUUUAAACCGUGGCGUAUCAGAGAUCCAUGGCCAGCAGAAACAAGUGAAGCACAUUAUCUAUGUGGUGUCUGUCAUAUGGAACUUAGAAAUGUUCACAGUGCUGUUGAAUCAUUUAACUCUGCUAUUAAACUAGAUUCACAUUUUGCUGAAGCAUUCUAUCAGCGAGGUUUAGCUCGAAUGAAGUUAAAACAGUCUAAAGGAGUUCAAGAUUUCAAUAGAGCGCUGGCUAUCAAUCCUAAAAUAUUCCAGGCAUAUCUAAGUCGUGCCUGUUAUUAUGGUAUGAAGAAGAACUAUACUAAAGCUAUACUCAACUGUAAUGAAGCUUUAAAAUUACAACCUAAUAGUGUUAGAGCUUAUCUAUAUAGAGGAGCAUUAAAGUUUCAUAUCCGAGUUUAUGAAUUGGCUAUAAAAGAUUUGUCCAAAGCAGCCUCCAUUGACAAUUCAUGUUCACUGGCCUACUUUAACCGUGCCGUCUGCUAUCAAGAAAGCAAAAUGUUUGACAAGGCUCUGAUGGAUUAUGGUAUAGUUUUAUUAUUAGGAGAUCAACUAUUAUUAAAGGUAUUCAUCAACAGAGGAUUGUUAUAUUUUGAAAGGAAGGAUUAUGCGAAUGCACUCUAUGAUUUCCAAAUGUCAGCUAAAUUAAGUCCCGAGAAUCAUCGCAUACAUCAUACACUGGGUCUAUGUUAUCAUAAGUUAGAUUGUUUACAAGAUGCAGUUAAAACAUUUACAAAAUGUCUAGAAAUCAAACCAUUCUUCCUAGAUGGUCUUAUAUCUAGAGGUAAUGUCUACAUGGAUUAUGGUAAUAAAGAUGGACUGAUAUUUGCUAGACGUGAUUAUCAAAGAGCUCUAAAAUUAGAUCCAAUGUGUCUGCCUGCUCGUGUUAACCUGGCUUAUACAUUACAAGUUGAAGGUCAUUUAAUGCAGGCAUGGAGACAGUUUACAGCAGCUAUAGAUGUUAAACCUUCAUUUAAACCAGCAUUAGAAGGUAGAGCUAUAAUCAAUUUACAGAUGAGUAGUACGUUCGCUGCUUCACAAGAUAUUACAGCCUCCAUUAAAGUAGCACCUACGGCUGAAUUAUUAACUAAUAGAGGUGUUAUUAAUCAGUUUAUGAAUGAUUCUAUCAAUGCUAUGAAAGAUUAUCAGCAAGCUGUAAAAUUAGAUGGCACUUAUUCACUGGCUUACUUUAAUAUGGGAAAUAUAAACUUUCAUACCCGACACUUCAAACAGGCAUUAUGUAACUAUGAUAAAGCUAUUGAGUUCAACAAGAAAGAUGAAUCUGCUUUUCUUAAUAGAGCUAUAACUAAGGUGUUAUUACGAGAUGCUCAGGGAGCUUUAAUUGAUUUUAAGGCAGCUAUUAAACUAAGUCCCCACUCAGCCCACAUGUAUUUUAAUCGUGGUAAUCUCUACAGUUCUCUACAACAGUAUGAUAAAGCUGAAAAAGAUUACACAAAAGCUUUAGAAUUGGUACCAGAUGAUGCUUUAACAUUAAAGAGACGAGCAGAUGUUAGAGGAAAGUUAGGAAGGAGACAAGAAGCUGUAGCCGAUUAUAAACAUGCCAUAGAAAUACAGGGACGACCAAAACGAGUUCAAUAGGGGACAAAUAAAUUCCCAAAUUUGUGAUCAAUGUAUAUUUUAUAUCAGCAUUAAGUCAUUGAAGUGUUUUAGGUUGUAACUGUCAAGAUUAACAAAAUACCCAAACAAAAAUUUAAUAUUUGCUAAACAUGUACAAAUGACUGCAGAUUAACUGCAAAAUGCAUCCCAAAUAUGUGACUCUUUAAGAGGUUUGUUACUGUAGCAUGUGGUAACAGUUUCUAAAUUUUAGACUCUUUAAGAGGUUUACUGCUGUAGCUUGCUCAUGAUUACAGAUUCUAGUUUUUGGACACUUUUAAAGGUUUACUACUGUAACUUGCUUGUGGUAACAGUUUCUAAAUUUUAGAUUCUGGACACUGCCAAGGUUUACUACUGCAACUUGCUUGUGAUUACAGAUUAUAAAUUUUAGACUCCUUAAAGGAUUACUACUGUAGUUUGCCUGUGGUUACAGAUUAUAAAUUUUGGACUCUUUAAAAGAUAUUCUGCAUAUUGUUUAUAAUAAAAGAUUCUAAAUUGACCUGUCAACAUUCCAGCCAUAUAUUAAUCCAGACAUGUAUUUGAAAAUUGAUCUUUGAUAACUUUAUUCACUUUUAAGAGCAUUGAUAUUUAAUAUAUACAUAUGUAAAUAUAUCUUGAGUUGCUGUGAUAUAACUUGAAAAUUCUGUCCAUCUUUAUAUGUAUACAUGUAUAUAAGUUAAUACUAAAUUGAUCAAUUUGUAUGCCAAAAUAUAAAUCUAGAUAUAUAUAUUUGAAAAUUGAUCUUUAAUUAAUUUAAUUAUCUUUUAAGAGAAUAUUUAAUUUGUUUAUAUAUUUGUAAAUAUAUCUGGAGUUGCUGUGAUAUAAUAUGAAAAGUCUGUUCAGCUAGAUAUAUAAAUUAUUACUGGGGUGAUAAAUUUGUAUGCCAAAUAUUUAUUAUUUUUGUUAAAAAAUAGUUUUUGAACAUCCACAUUGUUUGUCA